AUGAUAAGAGAAGAGGAGGCACGGCUAGCACAGGAAGAGAAACAAAAGCAGAAAGACAAAUUGAAGCACAAGUUUGCCAGUUUCUUUGUUGCCAAGAAGAGAGACCCAGAGGAGGCUGAGGAAAAGAGCAGCAAUGGGAACUUCAAGGAGUUUAGGUGCGCACAAAUUUCACAGAGGAGCGCCGGACAUCUCUUAGCGAGUAUUUAACCAAACAAACAAAAGAUUCAUCUGAAACCUACUUGACUGUUCUCAAAACAGGAACUUAUGCACCUUGCAAAUCUCAACGCACUUGGCCUUUUGAGAAUAAGAAGGAAGAAGUUGAUGAUGAUAUUGAAAUUAUUGAGGAGGGAGAUCAGUAUGAAGUUGAUAAUGACUUCUUUGUCCCUCAUGGCUACCUUUCGGAUGAUGAGGGCAAGUCUGACCAAGAGGAGGAAGAAGAGAAUGGACAGGAAGAGGAUAAUGGAAGCAAACACAAAGAACAGCUGAAACAGAAACAAGCGGAAUUUGAAGAGGAAAUGAAAAAGAAGACAAAGCAUCUGAAACCCCGUGUUAUUGGUUCUUUAUGGAUGGCAGAUGCAAACAAUAAUCCAGCUUUCAAUCAACUCCUGAAGAUCCUGAAUCCACACAAAGCAGUGACCUUAGGAACCAGCCUUCCCAUUGGUACUCGUCAUGGUGGAGUAAUUCCCAAGGACACAAAAGAACAGAAAGAUGAUGAUGAUGGGUCAACUGAAGACAAAGCAAAUACUAAAAAGUUUUGCAAAACUUUCCCUGAAGAAGCUGUGCCUGCUCUCAUCAAGCUGCUCCAUGGAAAUCGCAAUGGAAAGGUUUUCCUUUCCCGUGAGUUUUCUGACUUUUGGCGAAAAUUGCAAGCAGGAGAGUUGGAUGAGGAACAGUUAGAGGGCAUUCCAAUGCUUUCUUCUCCUGUUCAAGCCAACAUGUUCUUGGCCCGGAAAAAAGUGGAAUCCAAAAUCCAGGAACUCGGCCACUGGCGCAAAUGUCCAGAGGAAGGUCCCUUCAACAAGGUCAUGAUGUGGUAU